AGUCUUCCCGUUUGGAAUUUCCAAUGCAAUUUCUGAACAUGCAGUAUAAAAUAUAUCGACAUUAGUAUGGGUUAAAACUUAUGUUAUGCCGCCUAUCCUCCGCAGAAAAAUAACACAAAUCGUCUACAAUGGCUACUCCUCUGCAAUACUAUAAUUCUAUACCGCCAGUGGCCAAGACAUUUGCAGUCACCUGUGUAAUGGUCUCUGGGGCACAGUAUCUUGGUCUCAUCAGUCCCUGGACCAUAUCUCUGUCUUACGCAGAUGUGUUUCGACGAUUUCAGGUUUGGAGGCUCAUUACAAAUUUCGUGUUCCUUGGUCCGUAUUCAUUCGGUUUUGCUUUUCGCCUCUUGAUCAUAUUACGAAAUGGAGUUCAGUUAGAGAGAGGGCCCUUUGCCAAGAGGACAGCAGAUUAUGUAUGGAUGUUCUUUUUUGGUGCUUUUUCGCUGCUGAUAAUGGCAGCUAUUCCAUUUUUAAGAACACGUUUCUUGGGCGGUUCCUUGGUUUUUAUGAUAGUCUAUAUCUGGGGAAGGGAAUUUGCAAAUUCUCGUGUGAAUAUACAUGGUCUUGUCGAGUUGAAGGGGUUCUACUUCCCUUGGUACAUGCUUGUCGUAGACGUGCUACUUGGGAAUCCAUUAAAGCCGGAUGUGAUGGGAAUGGCAGCAGGGCAUUUGUAUUAUUUCUUAACAGUGAUAUAUCCCCUUGCUGGUGGAAGAAACUUCUGCGCCACUCCCUAUUGGGUUCACAAGCUGGUUGCAGUUUGGGGAGAGGGACACCAGAUAAAUUCGCCAGUAAGACAGAAAUUAGACGAAUCAACUAUUUUUCGUGGAAGAAGUCAUCGUCUCAAUGGCAGUAGUGGGAGAAGCACAAAUUCUUCAUCUCAAGCAGAAACAAACGCACAGGGAAACACAGCAGCAGCUGGUGGUGUUUUUCAAGGGAGGAGCCAUCGUCUUGGUGCCAAUUAAGAAAUACGUAAAUAUGUAAUCAUGAGAUGUCUAGUGUCUACACUGAUAUUGCACAAUAUUGCAGUUUAAUUUUUUUAACUUCUCUGCAACCAGACUGUAGCAGAACCAAAUUUUAAUAUUCCCAUGAAGCGUAUAUAAUCUCAUGCCAAGCUAUAUUUGUUAAUAAUAAAAGUGUGCAACACACUAUUGAAGAUAA